GUGUAAAUAAGAUAUAAAUGUUUUAUCAAUCGUUUCAUGCGCAAUGAUGUUUCUCACGUAUUAUAUUUAUCACGAGAACUUUUUAUUUAUUGCAAUAAAUAAUGGACUGUGUAACAGUAAAAAUUCUCUUUUUUGCAAAAGCACGUGAAUUAUCCGGUGUUAAGGAGUGUAAUUUAACGACAAUUAGAGAAAUAACUUAUGCAAAUUUAAAGAAAACAAUUGUCAGUGAAUUUCAUUUGGAAAGUAUACGGGAAAAUCUUAUUUUGGCAUUAAACGAAAAUUUUGUCACUGAAGACGUGACAUUUCAUUUAGUGGAAAAAGACGAAAUUGCUGUUAUUCCACCAUUAAGUGGAGGUUUAUUUAUCUUUUAA